AUGUCUCUGCUCAGCCUCCCAACAGAAAUCCUACAAAAGAUCUUCUACAAUCUCGAGCAGCCGCUCACAAACGUCGCGCUUGUAUGCCGGCGUCUUCGUGAUAUCGCUGAGCCAAUAUUGUACGAGGAAUUCAGUGGAGAGAUGCCCUCAGCACUCGAAGGCUACAUGAAAGCCAUCAUCCGGCGGCCAGAGCUAGCAGAAUACGUCAAGUCCUUCAGCAGUCCUACAGCUCAACCAGGCUUGUCAAUGACCAAUCAACAAAUCAAAUUACCCUCGAUGACACAAGAACAGCAUGAAAGAUUACGAAACUAUUUGCUGGACGACAUCUACGGCAAAGAGAAAUGCGAUGAGUGGUACGUGUCUCUCGAGACUCGGUGCAAUUAUGAAGUCGUGUUUGGGUUCUUUUUAAAUUUGAUAUCGACUCGCGUCGAGCGGCUUGUUUUGCGAACCGAAGGAUACCGUCCGUAUGUGCAGCUUGUCGCUGAAGCAGCAGCCAAAGCACAGGAGGACUCUGCCGACUCUCAUUUAUUCUCAAAGCUGCGAAGUGUGCAUCUCGAUGAUAUGAAAUAUCCUGCUAGUUUGAUAAAAAUGGAUUUCGUCUUACCAUAUCUGAAAUUGAAGUCGGUAGCUUGCCUCUCGGUCAGUGGCCUUGUGGAAGAGAGUCCGGGUCCCGGAUGGAGGUUGGACCCAGUGGUGGACGGAGAACGAAUUCCACCCAUCCAAUGGCAAUCGGAUACAUUUCAGGUCUUCUCUAUUGUUGAUCUGACUCUCACCCGCGCCUGCAUGGAAGCUGAUGCCAUAAAGGAGUUCCUUGGACGCUUCGUUUCAUUGCAACGCUUCAGAUAUGAACAUAGGGCAGCCGUAACAGUGCAUGAUCACGGUUUUGUCCCUUUUGCAAUCAUAGCUGGCCUGGAACAUUCCAAACAUUGUCUUGAGUGGGCCCAGCUUGAAAGAGCACGAGGAAACGAAUUUCUCGAGGAGAUCAUUGACAUAUACAAUCCACUUGCCUCACUGAAGGGUUUCGAAAGAUUGAGAACAUCAGUAUUUGACUUCUUAAACGUACUCUUAUCAGAGUAUGAACAACACCCUUUACCCAACCUCACAACGAUGGUGUUGAAGUUUAACGGGAAGGAAAAGAAAAGGAUUGUUGAAGCCCUCUGGAAUGAGGAUGACUCCACAAUCCUGGACGGUGUACUUCGUCUGAUGGCUAUCAAUGAGCCGUUUGGGGAUGCUUGA